GCAGCCGGCCCCCGGCCCCUCCAAGGGCCCCUCCGAGCCGCCUCCGGUGCAGCUGGAACUAGAAGACAAAGGCACAUUGAAGGGUGUCGAUGCAAGCAACGCGCUUGUCCUGCCGGGGAAGAAGAAAAAGAAGACCAAAGCCCCUCCCCUGUCGAAGAAGGAGAAGAAGCCUCUGACCAGGAAGCAGAGGAAAGUGCUGCAGAGAGUCCUGGAGCAGAAGGAGAAGAAGAGCCAGCGAGCAGAGAUGCUGCAGAAGCUCAGCGAGGUCCAGGUCUCUGAGGCCGAGAUGAGGCUGUUUUACACCACUUCCAAGCUGGGCACUGGGGACCGCAUGUACCAGAGCAGAGACAGGAAGCCUGACGAGGCAGAAGCCCGGGGCCCGGGGAGGGUCAGCAGCCUCAGUGGGGCCCACCGCAAACGCCGCCGCAGCUCGUCCACAGGGGAGUCUGAGCCUGACACAGACGUGGCCUCCGAGCAGGCUGAGGCCAGCACAGGGACCAUGGCCACGUGUGCGCUGCCGACUCCCCUGGGGCCCGGGGACGAGAGCCCAGCGCCCAGCAGUCAGCCCACGCUGGCUGUAACUCCCACUCCCUCGCCUCCCGCAGCAGCCGCCACCCUGGCCAAGCCCCCGGCAAGGCCCGCCGUGUUUGUCCGUAACCGCUCCCCGGAGAUGCAGCAAGAGCGGCUGAAGCUCCCGAUCCUCUCUGAGGAGCAAGCGAUCAUGGAGGCAGUGGCUGAGCACCCCAUCGUCAUCGUGUGUGGGGAGACCGGCAGUGGGAAGACCACGCAGGUGCCCCAAUUUCUCUACGAAGCUGGCUACAGCAGCGACGGCAGCAUCAUUGGCGUCACGGAGCCUCGCCGCGUGGCUGCUGUGGCCAUGUCCCAGCGAGUGGCCAAGGAGAUGAACCUGUCACAGCGGGUCGUCUCCUACCAGAUCCGGUACGAGGGAAACGUGACCGAGGAGACCAGAGUCAAGUUCAUGACGGACGGUGUACUGCUCAAGGAGAUCCAGAGGGACUUCCUACUGCUCAAGUACAAGGUGGUGAUCAUCGACGAAGCCCACGAGCGGAGCGUGUACACCGACAUCCUCAUCGGCCUCCUGUCCCGCAUCGUGACUCUCCGGGCAAAGGAACCGGCGGCACUUCGCCGAGCCACCCCCCGUCAUCAAGGUGGCGGCCCGGCAGUUCCCCGUGACGGUGCAUUUCAACAAGCGGACGCCGCUCGAGGACUACAGCGGCGAAUGCUUCCGGAAGGUCUGCAAGAUCCACCGGAUGCUGCCUGCAGGCGGCAUCCUGGUGUUCCUGACGGGGCAGGCGGAGGUGCAUGCCCUGUGCCGCAGGCUCAGGAAGACCUUCCCGGCCCUCAGGCCCGGCGCUGGCACACAAGGAAAGGAAGGGCAGGAGGACUCGAUGGAAGGGACAAGGAAGUUCAAGAAGUCGCAGGCGCGAGCCAGGAAGAAGCAGGCCACGAUGUUGCCCCAGAUCAGCCUGGACAGUUACUCGGUGUUGCCUGUGGGCGAUGGUGACAAGGACAGGGAGGCGGAAAUGGACGACGAGGAGGCCCUGGGCUCCGAUCUCGACCUGGACCUCGGGGAUGAUGGCGGGGACGGAGGUGAGCAGCCCGGAGCCUCCCUCCCGCUCCACGUGCUCCCGCUCUACUCGCUGCUGGCCCCCGAGAAGCAGGCACAGGUCUUCAAGCCUCCCCCGGAGGGGACACGGCUGUGUGUCGUGGCCACCAACGUGGCUGAGACGUCACUGACCAUCCCCGGCAUCAGGUAUGUGGUGGACUGCGGGAAGGUCAAGAGGCGCUACUAUGACCGUGUCACCGGCGUGUCCUCCUUCCGUGUCACCUGGGUCUCCCAGGCUUCGGCUGACCAGCGGGCUGGCCGGGCAGGCCGAACCGAGCCCGGACACUGCUACAGGCUGUACUCAUCUGCGGUCUUUGGGGACUUUGAGCAGUUUCCGCCUCCAGAAAUCACCCGAAGGCCUGUAGAAGACUUGAUCCUUCAGAUGAAAGCUCUCAACAUCGAGAAGGUCAUCAACUUCCCCUUCCCAACGCCGCCCUCCCUGGAGGUCCUCAUAGCCGCCGAGGAGCUGUUGAUCGCGCUGGGAGCCCUGCAGGCGCCCCCAAAAGCAGAAAGGAUGAAGCAGCUGCAGAGGUCCCGGCUGAGCUGCCCCAUCACCCCGCUGGGCAGGACCAUGGCCACGUUCCCCGUGGCCCCCCGUUACGCUAAGAUGCUGGCACUGAGCCAGCAACACGGCUGCCUGCCCUACGCCAUCACCAUCGUGGCCGCCAUGACAGUCCGGGAGCUCUUCGAGGAGCUGGACAGGCCAGCUGCCAGCGAGGACGAGCUCGCCAAGCUGAAGGGCAGGCGGGCCCGGGCAGCCCAGCUGAGGAGGACCUGGGCCGGGCGAGGAGCGUCCCUGCAGCUCGGGGACAUCAUGGUGCUGCUGGGUGCCGUGGGAGCCUGCGAGUACGCCGGCUGCUCGCCCCAGUUCUGCGCGGCCAGCGGGCUGCGGUACAAGGCCAUGAUGGAGAUCCGGCGCCUGCGGGGCCAGCUCACCACUGCGGUCAACGCCGUGUGCCCCGAGGCAGAGAUCUUCGUGGACCCCAAGAUGCAGCCGCCGUCCGAGAGCCAGGUGACCUACCUGCGGCAGAUUGUGGCGGCCGGCCUGGGCGACCACCUGGCCCGCAGGGUGCAGAGUGAGGAGCUGUUGGACGACACAUGGAGGAACGCCUACAAGACACCUCUCCUCGAUGACCCCGUCUUCAUCCACCCCAGCUCCGUCCUGUUCAGAGAGCUGCCGGAGUUCGUGGUCUACCAGGAGGUGGUGGAGACCACCAAGAUGUACAUGAAAGGCGUCUCUGCCGUGGAGGUCCAGUGGAUCCCAGUCCUGCUGCCCUCCUACUGCCAGUUCGACCAGCCCCUGGAGGAACCAGCCCCCACCUACUGCCCCGAGACGGGGCGUGUGCUGUGUCACCGUGCCAGCGUGUUCUAUCGCGUCGGCUGGCCCCUGCCCGCCGUCCAGGUGGACUUCCCAGAGGGCAUUGACCGCUACAAGCAUUUCGCCCGGUUCCUGCUGGAGGGGCAGGUCUUCCGCAGGCUGGCCUCAUACCGGAGCUGUUUGCUGUCUAGCCCCAGCACCAUGCUGAAAACAUGGGCCAGGCUGCAGCCCAGGACCGAGAGUCUCCUGAAGGCCCUUGUGACUGAGAAAGCCGACAACCGCGACACCCUGCUGGCUGCCUGGAAGAAGAACCCCAGAUACCUACUGGCUGAGUACUGUGAGUGGCUCCCACAGGCCAUGCACGCCGACAUCGAGAAAGCCUGGCCCCCCACCUCUGACCGCUGACCCGACCCCAGGCCCAAGGACUGGUGUGGGGCCUGAGGGCCUGACGGCUAGCUGCCAGCAGCCUGACCACCACCCCAGCCGCUCUCAGGAGGCAGAUGAGCCCGUGAAGCCCACUCCGGACGAAGAUGGCUACCGCCAGGGCAGCUGGGCUCCAUGCCACAUGCUGGACCCCGCACACAAAUGCCCCGCUAGGCUCCUAGACAGCGGCAGUGCUGGGCGCGUCUGCAGGCCCUUCCCAGAGGUGCACACAGGCCACCCCUUGCAGGCCUGACCCUGGCCUUAGAGCAUCCCAGGUGACAAGCUUCAGGCCUCUGCUCCAACCCGGGGAGCAGACCUUCCCAGACACCUUUCCUGUGUGUGGUACAGGAGUGGGCGUCUCCCCUCGGUCAGCCCUUGACCUUUGUUGGUCACCUCUGCCAGCCGCAGAGGCAGGCCUGCUGGCCUCGAAUGGAAGUCCCGGCUCUCUCCCACUCUCGCCUUCCACCAGCAAAGAAGGGACGGGAGGACCCCAGGCACGACCGAGGCAUCAGGAGGCCCCGCCUUUCCACCCUCCCUGGGAAGGGCCCAGACGGCUCAGAGCUGAGCUGGGUCAGGACGGCCCUGGGCCUGGCUCCCUGAGGUGCAGCUUUGGAAGCAGUUCUGAAAUAAUAGGUUCCUCCCUGGGCCCUGUCAGGACACCCCCUCUUCUCUGCCAGGAUCUCUACUGUGAGUUUUUUUAGUAAAACUUUUAGAAAUGUCUUCCUGGCCAGCUCCAUACCCCGAGUGGUUAAGGGAGCCUGAUCCCAUAUGGCCAACAGCAUGGUUCAAGUUCUAGCCCCAGCGGCUUGAAAACCAAGGUGCCAGUGUGUGAACGUGCAAGAUCCCCACUGGGUGGGGAGUGGAGCCGGGGCUGCAGCAGGACCACGCUGUACUGGGGGCGCUUUCUCCCUCCGGUGAGUGCUCACACUGGCAAGUGAAAAGAUAAGGUACAAAGCAAGGUCCCCUGUGGGGUCAGGCAGCAGCACGCUGGUGAAGCAGGCUGCAGGCCGACCCCUGAGGGAAGGUUCUGGGCUCACGACCUGAGGCCUCCUCCUGCAGCCGCUCAGCAGCAGGUCCCUGCCGAGAGCGCCAGCCCUCCCUGCUCCUGGAGAAGCGUGCUAAGCAAAAAGCUGCUCCUGGCCGAAUGGGCUCAUGGGACAGACUUGGGAAGAUGCCCAGGUGGACCCGGCCUGGGCCUGGCACCGCCUUCCCCCUCCGGGGCUCUUGCCUGUGCAGGCCCCUUCUCAGUCGUGCCUUACCCCGUCACCCGGCAGCACUGAGACAUCCUUGCUAAUGUGGGACAGAGACAUUCUCCACCCGGACUGCCUCUCCAACUUCACCCUGCUGCAGGCGGCUGCAGCCAGAACCGCUGGUGUGUGGCUGGCCCCCGACUUCUGCGCCACGUCCCUCUUGCCACCACUGCAAAGGUACCAGUGACGUCCAGACAGCCCUUGGGAACUUCUGUGUAAUUACUAAACCGUGAAGUUCACCAUUGGGACCUGUAGAGUCCCGUGGGUCUGUUCCCAGACGUCACGAUCUACCUCCAGGGCAUCUUGUAGCCCCAAAACACACCCUGCCCCCCCUCAGCCCUGCACCCGCUCACGGCCCGUCUCCAGUUGCCUGUUCCAGACAUCGUGUUCUUUAGGGGUCCGUAGGUGGCAUAGUGAUUGAGGGCACUGGCCGACCGUGUUUGAGCCCCGGACCCGGUGGCUUGCUUUCUCACUUCCUCUCUUCAGUCCCUCUCUGCUCAAAUUAAAACAAGUAAAUAAAGUUAAAAUAAUUUUUUACUAGUGUUCUUUGAAGCACAGAAA